GAAAACCACUACCCGUGCGUCACGACAUCAUAUCCAGGAACAGUGGACCAAUACGAUCUGCCUCCAGUAUAUCGUUCGACACAGGUUGGUCAGGACUUUGUUGCUCGACUAGUAUUGGAGUACAGUACUACACGCGUCACUGAAGAUCCCAAUUUGUACGAGUUGCUCAGCUAUAUUGGAUACAAUUUGGCCACUUGGUUCACCAUUGGACACAUUAUCUGGAGCCUGUAUGCACUGAUUCGAGACGCUUUCUGCUGCUCAAAUAAGGUCGCACCUGAAUCGCCACGGAGGGUGUUCUCGAUAUCGCAACCGGUGGAAAUUCAGCCAGUCGUUGAGGUCAAGGAGAGCACGGACGGUGAAAGUGCCAGU